UAGGGUAUAUAUGGCGUUAAUUGCUGCCCGUAAUUAACGGCGUCGUUUUUGCGACAGAUCCCGAGAUAAGAUUGAAGAGGAGAAAAUUCCGUAAAUUGGACUGCAUGUUUUCUCUGGCAUACAUCGAGCACUCAUCAGCAAAGUUCAGCAGUGUGUUUGAGAGCAACAAUGGGCGCUUCAGAAGAACGAGAUCGAGUAGCCGUAAGUGACUCACUCGAUGCGCUGGCCGCUAUCGAGUUGGGAGCAAUGCGAAGUCCGACGAGUUCCCAUCAUCGCGACCCCGAAUCUAGCCCGUUAGCCUGGCUCUGUGUUCUAGGAUCUUUCAUGUUUCUUUAUCCAUCAUACGGGUUCAUGCAGUCUGUUGGAACUGUUCAGUCAUACCUCCAGCUGAACCAGCUGAGUGAGUACUCCACUCGCGAUCUUGGUUGGAUCAGCGGCAUCUUCACCUCGCUUGCGCUGUUCCUUGGGAUCCAGGCCGGGCCGUUGAUGGACGCCUACGGCACGAAGUGGCUAGCUCCCAUCUCUGUAGCACUAUAUGUGCCCGUGUUUUUCAUCAUGGGCGAAUGCACGCAAUACUGGCACUUCAUUCUCUGCCUAGGAGUACUAGGUGGCAUCGGCGGCGCUCUCACAUCAACAAUCGCGGUGGCAGUGAUCGGAAAGCUCUUCAACCGUCGCAAGGGACUUGCCAUGGGCGUCGCCCUGUCCGGAUCCUCGUUUGGAGGUGUGACAAUCUCGAUGAUGCUUCGGUCAAUCCUACCUAGACUGGGCUGGCAGUGGUCCAUGAGAAUCAUGGGCUUCCUAGUUCUCGGUAUCAUGGUCGUGGGCGUCUUAUGCUUUCUUCCAUAUCCUCGCUUGUCGACUCCCGUUGCCGGAGCACCAGUUGGGAGAGUAGGAGCCAUGCUCAACUUCUCAGCCUUUCGCUCUCCGCCUUUUGGAUUUAUGGCUGGAGGUCUCUUCAUGCUAGAGUUUGUUCUCUUUGGAAUCACUGGUCUACUGCCCACCUUUGCCAUCGCUGCAGGCUUCCCCUCUAAUAUCGGCUUCUCUCUUGUAGCCAUUUUGAACGGCACUUCAUGUUUCGGCCGCAUCAUGACCGGCGUGAUCGGUGAUAAAAUUGGCCACCUCAACAUCCUCAUGAUCAUGAUAGGUAUUACCAUCGUGUUUACGGGUGUCGUUUUCGUGCCUUUUGGGACCAAAUAUAUUGGUGCCUUGUAUUCUUUUGCCGCUCUAUGGGGCUAUGGAUCUGGGUCCUUCCUCUCGAGCACGCCAGUCUGUUUAGGAAAGACUUGCGAGCCAAAGGAUUAUGGAAGGUACCUUGGCACAAUGAACUUCGUGGUCAGUUUCUCUUUGCUGGUUACUGUGCCCAUCGGAGGGCAGAUGCUUGAGAGUAUGGGUGGGACGGCACUUUCGGGGUUUUAUCUUGCUAUCCUCUUCCUGGGUGGUGUUUGCUAUUUUGCUGCUCGUUCCCUUCUUCUGGGAGGAUGGCUUACCCUGAGGGCUAGGAUCUAAUUUCAAAGAGCAGCUGGAUGCCUAUGUUGUCAAGGAUUCGAAAGGCCCGAGGACUUAAGCCGCUUACUUGUACCGCAGUGGGACUGGCGGGCAAGGAAUAAAGAGUAGGGGAUAGGUGAUGAAUAGUAGACUUCCUGUAAUUGGUAAUUUAAUAACGGCUGCUAUAUCUUCUACGCAGGGUGAACCUCAAUAUUAACAUUCCUCUUAAAA